GCAGCAGCGGUUUACGUGUGUGCGUGUGUGAGGGUAAACCGCUAUAGGCUAUAGCGGUUUACGUGCAGUGUGCUGCCUAUAUAAACCGUGGUGGUAGCCGCGGAUUAUGCAUUUAGAGGGGUUGUGAAGUUUUUUAGAGAGAGGAAAUUCUAGAGAGAGGUCAGAGCAAGUUGAGAGCGGGUCCGAGGUAUCUCAGCGGCGACUUCCGGCGAGUUAUCAUGGCAGACAGGACCUUGUACCGACUGAACGGUGUUGCGCAUAUUGCCGGUUCUAUUGGUGACGAGCCCACUAGGUGUAUAUACAGUGUGAGACGGCAACAGAAUAUGCCCAUGCAUGAAAGGAUCAUCCCGUAUUUAGAGAGGGAUGGAUUGUACCAUUUGGCCAGGCUAAACAGCCAAUGGUUCUGGUUGGAUGAGCCAUUGGUUAGUGCGUUCGUUGAGAGGUGGCAUCCUGAGACGCACACGUUCCAUAUGCCUUUCGGAGAGUGCACAGUGACAUUGCAAGACGUGGCAUUUCAGCUAGGGCUGCCUGUGGAUGGGGAGGCUGUGAGUGGUUGCCUUGGUGAGUUUGAGAAAUACAUGGAGGGUGGCCGACCAGCUUGGGAGUAGUUUGAGGACCUAUUCGGUGAGCGGCCUCCACCGAAUAAGGUCAAGCAGAUGACAGUACACUUUACAUGGUUCCACAAGA